AUGUCCAACAGCAGCUCCAUCAGGCACUUCCUCCUGCUGGCAUUGGCAGACACGCGGCAGCUGCAGCUCCUGCACUUCUGCCUCUUCCUGGGCAUCUCCCUGGCUGCCCUCCUGGCCAACGGCCUCAUCAUCAGCGCCGUAGCCUGCGGCCACCACCUGCACACCCCCAUGUUCUUCUUCCUGCUCAACCUGGCCCUCACUGACCUGGGCUCCAUCUGCACCACUGUCCCCAAAGCCAUGCACAAUUCCCUCUGGCACACCAACAACAUCUCCUACUCUGCAUGUGCUGCUCAGGUGUUUUCUCUUAUGCUAUUUCUUGCAGCCGAGUAUUUCCUCCUGACCAUCAUGAGCUACGACCGCUACGUGUCCAUCUGCAAACCCCUGCACUACGGGACCCUCCUGGGCAGCAGAGCUUGUGCCCACAUGGCAGCAGCUGCCUGGGCCAGUGCCUUUCUCUAUUCCCUGCUGCACACAGCCAAUACAUUUUCCCUGCCGCUGUGCCAUGGCAAUGCCCUGGGCCAGUUCUUCUGUGAAAUCCCCCAGAUCCUCAAACUCUCCUGUUCACACUCCUACCUCAGGGAACUUGGGCUCAUUGCUGUUAGUGCUUUUCCUUUCUUUGGUUGUUUUGUGUUCAUUGUUUUCUCCUAUGUGCAGAUCUUCAGGGCUGUGCUGAGGAUCCCCUCUGAGCAGGGAAGGCACAAAGCCUUUUCCACCUGCUUCCCUCACCUGGCUGUGCUCUCCCUGUUUAUUAGCACUGGGGUUUUUGCCUACCUGAAGCCCCCCUCCAUCUCCUCCCCAUCCCUGGAUCUGGCCCUGUCAGUUCUGUACUCAGUGGUGCCUCCAGCCUUGAACCCCCUCAUCUACAGCCUGAGGAACCAGGAGCUCAAGGCUGCACUGCGGACACUGAUGACUGGAAGGUUUCAGAAACAGUGAUCUUUGCCAAUUUCUACAAGUUGCCAAUUUUCUCCUAGUCACUUGUAAUAUGAGUCAUUUUUAUGAUUUUUUUUUUUUCUUUGUGAGGAAUUUUUACCUUUGUUUAAGUCUAAUAAUUUAUCCACAAUAUCAUACACCUAUUUGUGAUUAUGUUUUGUCUCUCCACCAUUGCUGUCGCCCCAGAUUCUGUCAAUGAGGGGUUUGUUUUUUGUAGCUUUAAAUGAACUAAAGGAUCUCUCAACAUAGUUUUUACUGGAGAUCUUCCUUCUCUGGAGCUUCCUUCUGCUCCCUUCUCUAGAGCUACAGCAGCAAUAUCUGUGUGCAGAGUU